GUACAGAAAAGAUGAGAUGUGGGCUGACGGUAGAUAUGAAUAUGAGAGGCUUCCUAGACACCGCCUUCCUCCUCGUGACAUACCUCCAGAUGGUGAAUAUCGCAGAGUGGUAAAUCUAGUUAGAAGGCCAGAAGAGGAAGGAUAUCAUCGAUAUGAAGAUUACAAUGAACCAGAGUAUAGAGAAUUUGAAGAAGCCCAUGGUUAUGAAAGAAAAGAAGGACCAUAUAGAGGGGAAGACCCAGCGUAUAGGUGGCCGAGAGGUGAAGCACACCUGAGUCGGCACGCAGAAUACAGAGACAACAGGGAAGGCUUCAGAAGAAAACCUUUAUGCCAGCCUCCAUACGUACGAGAGCGGUCUCCUCAGAGAAGAGAGUCUCCAUAUUUCCGAGAAUCUCCAGUUACCAGAAAAGACUCUCCACAUAGUAGAUCUGGCUCCAGUGUCAGUAGCAGAAGCUAUUCUCCAGAAAGGGGCAAGUCAUUACCCGCACACCAGCACAAAAGAAGUAAAGACAAAUCAAGCACACUUCCAUUGAGAUCCUCCAAAGACCCAUCUCCUUCAAGCUCAGGAGCUGUUCCUUCCACCAAGAGUGUAGACCAAGAUAAAGGAAGUCGUCUGUCAGAGAUUGCUUUCGUGGAAGCUGCCUGCAAAUGGGUUUCUGAGAAAAUGGAGAAAGUGUCAGAAAGCAAUGUACCUGAAGCCACAGAAGACUUUGCAGGAUCGUCCUCUGCAUUAUUCGGGGAUCAAUCGGCAGACUUGGAAGCUAAUGUGCCUGUGAAUUCUGAACUCUACGAAUCAAGUCCAGUUAGCAGCCGGUCAAAAGCCAUUGGGGCAAAGACAAAAGAAAUAGAAGAGGUGUACAGACAGGAUUGUGAGACUUUUGGCAUGGUUGUGAAGAUGCUUAUCGACAAGGACCCGUCCCUUGAAAAACAGGUCCAGUUUGCGUUACGACAGAAUUUAAGCGAGAUAGGAGAGAGAUGUAUUGAAGAACUUAAAUUGUACAUUGCAGAAUAUGACUCAGCCCAUCAAGAACUGGCAUAGCACAUGAAGACUCAAAGAAUCGUUCUGUAUUUUACUUUCUGUUCCAGAUUCUCUAUGACGGAUACAUAUAUUCUGCUUUAGGGGACAUACGCCGUACUGUCUGCAGUGCAGUAUACUGUGUGGCUCAUUACCUGUGCGGUGACAACACCUGUCUGUUUUGGAAAUUGCAUUUUCUUUUGGGAG